UUUAAUUAGUUAAAAUAAUAGAUUAAAAUAGUAUAAAAACCAGACGACAUUUUAUAAAUCUCGCGUUUUAUACGAGAACGGCAUCGAGAUUUUAGGUAAUUUUUCUUUCCGUAUGAUUAAUAAGCGGCAGUAUUAAAAAAUGCUCAUAACAUCAUGAUAAUGAUUUAAAAUAUAGACAGAGAGGCACGAUGUUUCGAUAGAUCAAAAUUAUGAUUCAAGUGUCAGAAUGAGGAUAGCGCAUAUGUCAUAGCACAUGCGUGGUGUUCAUUCCUGUGCGGCGCUGGAGUAGCAACUGAACUGGCUACUCAGUCGUCAUCGCAGUGAUAGUACAAACAAGACUUUUAAAAAUGGUUUCUGACAAUCUCAGCUCUUCGCUUUCUACAGACAGCGAUAUGACCAGCACCGACAUGGAUGACGCAGAUGAUCAUUUAAAACUCCCCACCACAUCGAACAUGUAAAAAUCAACAGUUAAACGUGUUCUGGUCGCCAGCUAUACGGCGAACACUCCAGAUAUCCGAGACUAUGAACUCUCAUCUCGCAAGCUUAAUCUAUAUAAAGAACGGCAGCUGAAAGCAGUGUCAUGGCGGCUGGAGAAACAGAAGUCGACGUGGAUGGAUUCGGAACGACGACAACCCUAACUCCUCAUCAAGAGUGUAUGAAAGUUAGAAAAUGGUGGUGCUUUUUGCUGUCAAGUAUAUUCACUUUCCUUGCAGGUCUGUUCAUUAUUCUUUUAUGGAGGGCAUUCGCCUUCCUCUGUUGUCGGAAGGAAAAGCCAACUCAGGCCAAACAAAAACAAGAACGUGACUUAAAAGGAGCUAAUAAAACACCCGGAGAAACAGAAAUCGGAUUUAUGACCGAAGCUAAAGAUUGGGCUGGUGAAUUGAUCUCUGGCCAAUCAACUACUGGUAGAAUACUAGUAGUAUUGGUAUUCCUCCUCAGUAUAUCUUCAUUAAUAAUCUACUUCAUCGAUGCUUCCCGUACCGGACAUUCUACGAAAGGGGAUGGCGUCGAGAUGUGUCAGUCCUGGGCAACAAACACAACACAGCAAAUAGACCUUGCUCUGAAUAUAUUUUUUAUGGUGUACUUUUUUAUACGUUUUAUAGCUGCCAGUGACAAGUUAUGGUUCAUGCUGGAACUUUAUUCUUUCGUCGAUUAUUUUACCAUUCCACCGUCCUUUGUCUCCAUAUAUCUUGACCGUACAUGGAUUGGUUUACGGUUUCUGCGUGCUUUGCGGUUAAUGUCUGUGCCCGAUAUCUUGCAAUAUCUGAACGUGCUCAAGACUAGCAGUUCUAUACGCCUAGCCCAAUUGGUGUCCAUUGUGAUCAGUGUCUGGCUGACAGCAGCGGGUAUUAUCCACCUAUUAGAAAACUCAGGAGAUCCACUGGAUUUUGCUAAUCCUCAAAGCUUAACUUACUGGGAAUGUGUUUAUUUCCUUAUUGUCACUAUGUCCACGGUAGGUUAUGGUGACAUUUGCUGCAAGACGACCCUCGGAAGAGCGUUCAUAGUCUUCUUUAUCCUUGUGGGCUUGGCCGUGUUUGCUAGCUGCAUACCAGAAAUCAUAGACCUGAUUGGUUCCCGACCUAAAUAUGGUGGUACCUUCAAGUCAGAAAGAGGAAGAAAGCAUAUCGUGGUCUGUGGACAUAUUACGUACGAAUCGGUAUCCCAUUUCCUGAAGGAUUUCCUCCAUGAAGACCGUGAGGAUGUGGAUGUUGAAGUGGUCUUCUUGCACAGGAAGCCUCCAGAUUUGGAACUCGAGGGUUUGAUCAAGCGACAUUUCACCACGGUAGAAUUUUUUCAGGGGAGUGUGAUGAAUCCAAUCGAUCUCCAGAGAGUCAAGGUCCACGAGGCAGAUGCUUGCUUAGUAUUAGCCAACAAAUACUGUCAGGACCCGGAUGCAGAAGAUGCAGCCAACAUCAUGAGAGUAAUAUCCAUCAAAAAUUAUUCAGAUGACAUAAGAGUCAUAAUUCAGCUCAUGCAAUAUCAUAACAAGGCUUAUCUCUUAAAUAUACCAAGUUGGAAUUGGAAACAAGGUGAUGACGUCAUCUGCGUUUCGGAACUAAAACUCGGUUUUAUCGCUCAGAGCUGUUUAGCUCCUGGCUUUUCCACAAUGAUGGCAAAUUUAUUCGCCAUGAGGUCUUACAAAACGUCUCCGGAUAUGCCAGCCUGGCAGAAUGAUUAUUUGUGCGGAACUGGGAUGGAAAUGUAUACAGAAAACUUAUCGCCUUCUUUUACUGGAAUGACAUUUCCCCAGGCUGCAGAAUUGUGCUUCGUCAAGUUGAAGUUGUUAUUAUUAGCAAUUGAAGUUCCGAACGAAGACAAUACCGACACAAAAAUUGCCAUAAAUCCUAAAAAGAAAGUUAAAAUACAAACCAAUACACAGGGGUUCUUUAUAGCCCAGUCGGCUGACGAGGUUAAAAGAGCCUGGUAUUACUGUAAAAACUGUCAUGAAGAUAUUAAAGAUGAAAAGUUAAUUAAGAAAUGUAAAUGUAAAAAUCCAGUCCGAUGUCCAGUCGCACUAUUUAAGAAAGGAGUGAGAGCAGUCCAAGUUGUAGGAAGAGCAAACGAAAACCUAAACAACUCCACAUUUCCCACUUUUACGCCUCCCGAAAUCCCCAAAAGAGUAAAAUUACGAGCCGACGUGACUAAAGAGCACGGAGAUGGAUUCAGCAAUUUGCAGUCUCAAACUAGUAUGAUAAGACACGGAGGAGCAAGCGGACGUCCAAGAAAUACAUCUAGUAGUAAAACUCGUCCACAUGGUAAUCCAACAACUCCUCUAACAUCUCCGAAUAAUCGUGGAGCGGGUGGAGGCGGUCAUUCCGCUCCCGGUACAUUUUCCAGUCCGGUUACGGGCACACCACAAGCCUUACGGACAACUGGUUCCAACAUGUAUGCUGGCUUACACCUUGCCUAUGAAGUAAAAAAGCUCAUGCCUACUAGUAGACCAACUGGCAGCAACGGACCAGCUAAUCAGGAUCGAUCGUUUUCUGUCGGUCUAGCUGACGAUCAGGCCAAGGAUUUCGAUUUUGAAAAAACCGAAAUGAAAUAUGAUUCCACGGGAAUGUUCCAUUGGUGUCCUGCCAGAGCAAUUGAAGAUUCUAUUUUGGAUCGAAAUCAAGCAGCUAUGACAGUUCUGAACGGACACGUGGUUGUGUGUCUUUUCGCCGAUCCCGAUUCACCUUUAAUUGGUUUAAGGAACCUCGUCAUGCCUCUCCGUGCAAGUAAUUUCCACUACCACGAACUCAAACAUGUGGUCAUUGUAGGCAAUGUCGACUAUCUGAGGCGAGAGUGGAAAAUGUUACAAAACCUUCCCAAAAUUUCUGUACUUAAUGGAUCUCCUUUGAGUCGAGCUGAUUUACGUGCGGUUAAUAUUAACUUAUGUGAUAUGUGUGUCAUCUUGUCAGCGAAGAUACCCAGCAGCGAAGAUCCUACUUUGGCUGACAAAGAAGCCAUUUUAGCUUCACUUAACAUUAAAGCCAUGACGUUCGAUGACACAAUCGGCGUUCUAACCAAUAAUCCUAGCGGUCCCGAUGGUUUGUCACCCCUUGGAAGUCCUAUUGUUUUACAGAGAAGAGGAUCGGUUUACGGAACAAAUGUUCCGCUUAUCACAGAACUCAUUAAUGACACAAAUGUCCAAUUUUUGGACCAAGACGAUGACGAUGACCCUGACACAGAAUUAUAUCUUACUCAACCAUUUGCGUGCGGAACUGCGUUUGCAGUCAGUGUUUUAGAUUCACUGAUGAGCACAACAUAUUUUAACGCUAACGCACUGACUCUAAUACGAUCGUUAGUGACUGGUGGUGCUACGCCGGAGCUAGAAUUAAUUUUAGCAGAAGGAGCGGGUCUUCGAGGUGGUUACAGCACCGCUGAAUCGCUUACGAAUCGGGACAGGUGUCGAGUGGGUCAAAUUUCACUUUAUGACGGUCCUCUGGCACAAUUUGGGGAGGGUGGCAAUUACGGAGAUUUGUUCGUUUCCGCAUUGCGCAGUUACGGAAUGCUUUGCAUCGGUCUCUGCCGGUUUAGGGAUACAAGUUCCUCUUGCGAAGCUUCUUCCAAGCGUUACGUCAUCACUAAUCCACCCGCAGACUUUACACUUCUCCCUACGGACAUGGUAUUCGUUCUUCUACAGUUCGAUCCCGGGUUGGAAUACAAACCGAAUCGUGGUGAAGAGAUGAAGGACGAUAACUCUUGACUCUUGCACUGUAGCGCCUUGACUGAUGGGCCGUACUCCUUCAUUUAACGAGAACGAACCAAAAUCGAUAUGGGGAGAAACAUUUUAUUUUGUAUCCCAAAUGCUUUUAGGUUGUCCACAACCUAAGACUCACAAUGGGUUCUAAAACUGAAGAACCCUACAGUCAAGGUUGCUACAGUUCCAUUACCAGCAUUCCAAAACACGCACGCGCGCGUGUAAAUUUUAAAGGCAGCAGCAAUACCGACGCGGUAUCGACUCGAAUGGAGUAGAUGCCACUUAUAUAUCUAUACAUACUGUACAUGUAUAUAUAUAUAUAUAUAUGAUUAUACAUAAACAUUGUCCUUUCUACCCCUGCCGUCGGCACGUGUACAGAGAUUUACACGCAUGUACAAUCGAAGAUGGCAGGAAAUUAGUCGAGGCAAAGAUUGUGUUUGGAAUGGAGGAGUUAUCAGGAAUCGAGCCCUUAACCUCCGCUCCUGUGGCGAUUGUGUAUACCUGUGCCUCCCGAGGACGGUGGCCUGAAACUCCUCCUCCAAUCUUUGUCGGAAGUCGUGGUGUAGGGUAGCCACUACCAACCGGUCCACCGUCUCUGGUGGUACAGAACUAUGUAGCACGACCGUUCAGGUUAAGGAACAACUAUUCUCCAGUUCAAAGUCGCACUCGGGUUCGAUUGCCGGGUUAUGUUAGUGGUUACCUCUUUUUCAUUUAUAAACUCAUAGUGGAUGAAAAAGAAUCUUAAGAAAAAAAAAAAACUCAUUUUUCAAGCUUCUAAUUCCCCGCUUCGUAUUAAGAAAGAUGCAAUCACACACACAAAAAAGAAACUUUUAGAAUUAUACGGUGCUGGUUUAGCUUGAGCAGUUGCCUUCUAUGUCCAACUAGUUUUAAAAAUUUAGUCUUACGCGGUUUACUAUUACAGUAAUAUAGUUCAAAUAAUAAGUAAGAAGAGAUGAUGCAGGGGAAAAAUUAUAGUUCAAAAUGGACACAAUUUAGGGCCCAGAAAUGCAGAUUUAGGAUUAGGGUAAGGAAAGUAGCAUUCAUCUCAUGCGGGGAGUUUCGAUUUCUCUAUUGUAUUUCUCUCUAUCUAUCUCUGUUUCGGCUCAGACAAGCAUCUCAAAAUGGUGAUCUUCAGCAGCCAUUAGCUUUAACUGUUCUACACCUCCACAAAUAGUUGUGUAUCACCCCUCAGAAUGAGAAUGGGACUGUUCGUUACCGAGGUAAUUUAUCUGUACAGUUUGAGAUGGUUACUAAUAAAAUAAGUCAUGUUGACACUUUCACUUCAGGCUUUUCAAUGUUUACAUUUGAUCACACACGCGUACCGAAACGGUGUUGCGUGUAUUCUCGUGUCGCCAUCUGGUGUAAAGAAUUGUAAAACUUUAAAUAUCUAUAACGUAAACUACCGUUUUGCGGGUGAUUCAGAUGACGAAGUAAUGCUUCAUAAAAUUGAAACAGUUGUUAAAUUAUGACUUUACAAAACAUAACACACGUAUGAACCCAUAAAACUAGAAGUAUAUAAUCUUUAAACUUGCAAAAUUUCAGCACCUUUAUAACCAUACAAACUACUCGAUGGUUGAGACGUGUAACGUCCGAAUGUUAGAAUAAUUUAUAAAAAUUGAUUGCUCUUAUCGCUAAUUUAUGCGAUAAACUCGCUAAUAA